AAUAAAUACACUACAUAGAUUUUUCUGGUUUUGAAGGCUCUAGGCAAUAACUUUAUUAAUUCAACCUGAAAAUAUCAAGCCAUUAAAUUUUGUCUGGGUAGAAUAAAUCCCUGUGGCCUCCUUUAAAGCAAUGUAGGUCUUUGCUGCCCAUGGGGCUUAUCUGUGUCUGAAUCCACAAGAGAUAGGACCAACAAACAAAGAAUGUGCAACCUCUUCUUUCUUGCUGGGAAGAAGAGAGGGUGCACAAAAAAGGGGGGGAGUAGGCCACUCCUGCCUGCCCCUCUCCCAUUAUUCCCUUUUCUUGUCAUUUUUUCUAACUUCAUUUUACAGACUUGCUUAGAAUAAGAGAGUCUGAAAAUGUCAGGAUUCCACUUGUAAAUUUGUGACAAUCACUACCGUAUCCCAUAUUUGAGUUUUAAAAAUAUUAUUUAGCCACUAACACUAUUGCACAUGAGAGCUGCAUGAUCUUCCAAUUUGAGGGAAGAAUAAAAGUUUUUGACUUAUCCUAAAAUUCACUUCCAAGGUCAUAAGCAAGAAAUCCCCCACCAUAAUCAGGAGACGUGCAUUUUGGUAACAUCAAGUGUAUUGUUCUCUUUUACUUUAUCAAAUAGUUACUCUUCCCACACUGAGUUCUAACUCCUACAUCGGCACCCCCCAACCCAACACACACUGUUUCUUCUCUGCAGGGGAUAGGAGGAGCAAUAGAACAUUGGAACAACUGAAUGUCCCUACCCAUUUUCUUUGAGGGCCUUUUGUAUUUUAGCAGAUCUGUAUAGUCUUGUCUUCUUUUCUUUCUUUUUUUUUUUCUGUGACACUGUAGGCUUCAGUCUUAUAUAACUGGGAAAAGAGAUGAGUGUCAGAAUUUCUUGACAAGAACUAAACAAAUCACACAUUUUCUUUAACACAAAUGGGACUGGGGAAGGAGUGGGAGGGCUUAGAGGAAGGAGGAGAAAAGGAACUAUAUUUGAAUAAAUAUUGAUAAAUUUAUUAGAUAGGUUUCACAAUUAGAUAACUAAAAUAUGGUCAUUUUUAUCUUUCUAAAUAUGUAAGCCUUAAUUAAAUAAAUCUUAUCCAUGAAUUUGAGAUUACCCAAUGAUAAGUUUACAUGUAUUUGAACUGAAAAACUGUUACCCAUGCUCUAAGACAUGUGAGGACGGACGUUCUAGGGCUGAAAGGCCCGGGUAUACACAAAACAAGUGUGUUUCUAGCUGGAACCCCACACAUUGUAAUAAACACAGCUGCAUUUAUUUGAAUAUAUGCUCCCAUGUACAUGUAAAAACAUUCAAACAUACUCAGCAGAUUUAUUUGAUUGUGCAAUGGGGCAAUUAUUCAAAUAAACAUGCUCGAUGUAAUCUCACAUUGCAUGUUCAUCAAUCACAGGA